UCCGAGCUACAAAGUCCUUGGACAACUUCCCGAAACUGACGUGUAUAUUGACAUAGACGCGUUUGAGGAGAUCAAAGAAAUUCCCGGAAUAAAAAUCUUCCAAAUAAACGCCCCAAUUUACUACGCCAACAGCGACUUGUAUAGCAACGCGCUAAAGAGAAAGACCGGCGUGGACCCAGCGGUCAUCAUGGGCGCCAGGAGGAAGGCCAUGCGCAAGUACGCGAAGGAAGUCGGAAAUGUGAACAUGGUCAGCGCCAUCAUGGUCAAACCGGACGCAGAAGUUGACGGGGAAAAUGCCGCCAAGCCCGACGAGGACGACGGCGAGGUGAAAUUCCCUCCCAUCGUGGUCAAGAGCACGUUCCCGGAGGAGCUGCAGCGCUUCAUGCCCCCGCGCGACAACGUCCACACCAUCAUCCUGGACUUCACGCAGGUCAACUUCAUCGACUCCGUGGGCGUGAAGACCCUGGCGGGGAUCGUGAAGGAGUACGGAGAUGUUGGCAUCUACGUCUACUUGGCAGGCUGCAGCGCCCAAGUCGUGACCGACCUCACUCAAAACCGAUUCUUCGAGAAUCCCGCCCUGCGGGAGCUGCUCUUCUACAGCAUCCACGACGCGGUCCUGAGCAGCCAGGUCCGGGAAGCCCUGGCCGCGCAGGAAGCCCUGGCCGUGCCUCCCCAGGAGGAUAUGGAGCCCAACGCCACCCCCAGCACUCCGGAGGCGUAG